CGGCAGGACGCGGGCGUCGCGACGGCCAGUAAUACUCCUGCGUCCGUCGGGCGCCGUGUGGUCGCUCUGCGUCGUCGCCCACCCGCUGUCACCCUCACGGUCUCCGCGUGUGUGUGUGCGCGCGUGCGUGCGUGUCUCCUCUGCUGACGCAGCCGAGUGUUUGCGCGGGGCUGCGUUUGGUCGGCGCCUUUGCGCGUUAGCUUUCGCCGCCGCAGCCGCACGCGUGACAGCGACUGUUUGUGCUGGGACUACGGCUGCGUGACUGGUGUGACGCGGGGCUUGAGCGCGCGUGAUUUACGGGGUCGCCGGCGGGGCGAUCAGCCGCCGCCGCCGCCGCCGCGGACGACGCCGACAUGGAUGGUGACGUGGGCGUCGCCGUCGAGCUUUACGUGUACGACCUCACCCGCGGCAUGGCCGCCAUGAUGUCGCAGAUGCUCGUCGGGCGCCAUCUGGAGGGCAUCUGGCACACAGCCAUCGUGGCGUACGGCCGCGAGUACUUCUUCGGCUCCGGAGGCGUGCAGAGCUGUAGGCCGUGUGGCACAGUGUUGGGGGAGCCUGAUCGAGUAGUGGAAUUGGGGGAGACGUUCAUUCCAUACCAAGUGUUCCUGGAGUACGUCCUGGGCCUUGGGGAAACCACAUACGGCCCGCAUACCUACGAUCUCUUCCAACACAAUUGUAACAAUUUUACUGACGAAGUAAGCCAGUUCUUGUGUGGAAAGGGAAUCCCCAAGUACAUUCUUGACGUCCCUCAAGAAAUACUUGACACGCCGUGGGGGCAGGCGCUGCGGCCUCUGAUCGACAGCUUGAGCGAAGGCGCCCGCGGAGUCGCGUUCGGCCAGAACGCCAACAACAGCCUGAGGAACUACGAGCCGCAGGAGCCGCGGAGGGAGCGAGACGUCUCGCCGGACUUGGUCGAGCUCAACAGCGCCAUCGAAGAAGUUAGACGCAACUCCAUAGCCCUCGAGGAACGUCGUAAUGAGAUCAACGAGAAACUAGCGAAGAAGGAGCGCAAGAAGAAGAAGAAAAAGCAGAAGGAGCGCAAGAUCGAGAGCGAGGGCAGCUCCCCGGAGUUCACGCCCGACAGCGGCAGCUCGCAUAGCUCGCACAGCUCGCACAGCAGCCCCAGCAGCUCGCGCGUCUCGAGCGGCAAGAUGGCGGACGCGGCGGAGGGCGCGGACAUCGAGCUGACGGCGGCGAGCGACGGCAAGCGCUCGGCCGAGGAGGUGGACGCCGAGAUCGAGGCGCAGGAGCGGAAGGAGCGCGAGGAGAAGAAGAAGCAGCGCGAGCCGCCCGUCGUCUUCAAGGACGCCAUCGACGUGCGAGUAGAAUUUGAUGCCCUGGUUGGGUUCGUUGAUGGAAUCCUUAGUCCUGAAGAACAGCAGUCAUUAGAGGAACUUCACCAAUACAUGCUGGAGGAUGAAGGAUCAUGGGCUUUGGGUGAUGGGUUUCUCAAUUUUGUUGGUCGUUUACUUCAUGACAAAUCACUGAAAUCUGAAAUUAGAGUUAGACUUCUAAAGGUUCUUGCUGCUGCUGCCUUGAAAGAUGAUGUUAUUUUGAUUCUCCACCAAGACCGAAGAGAGCAUGUUCUCAUGAAUUAUGCUCAUGAUGUUGACAGACUCACCCUGGAAGAGCAAGAAGCACUUGCUUUAUUUAUAUGCAACAUGUUUGAAAACUUGAGCAGCUCUGAAUGGCUCUUGUAUAUAUCAGAAUGGCAAUAUUGCAAUGCCACUAUUAGCAACAUUCGGGUGACAACGAAGGUAGCUGUGCAUUCACUGCUAUCUGAUCAACCUGUCCUCCAAGAUCGUGGUUCUGCCAUUAUUCAUAACUUAGCUUGCAAGGAGGUAUUUGAUGACGUUGCUGUGGAGCUGACAAUGGCCCUUCUACAGUUCUUCAACAGUAACCCUCCAGAAGAGCAACUGUACCGUUGUAUGAAAGCUCUAUCACGGUUCUGCCAAAUAUCGAAACAAGAUGUUCCACAGUUAAUCCAGAUGAUUGGGCCAGAACCUGCUAAAUUUAGAGGAGCUUCAGAAAGAAUUGAUCGUCUGAUUGAAUCAAUUUCCAUUCGUUAAAACUUCUAGCAACCUGAUAAAACGUAUCCUGUGUUAGUUUUAUGUCUACUUUUGCAAGAAUGUAAAUAAGCUCACGGAAGAUGAAUUUUUUUAUUUUCAAUGGGUUACAAGAAAUUCAUAUUAAUGUUUUUCCUCGUAGGAAUUUUAUGCACAUAUAUUCAGGUGAAUGUGAUAUAAAAUCAUGUGUAUAUAUGAAGAUAUUACAAUGAAUUAUUAUUUUAAAGAAAAUAUAAUUGUUCUAUUUAUGAAUUCAAACUUUGCAGAAUGUUAAUAGUAAUAAAUACUGUUAUUUAUUUUUUUUUGUUAGGUGGAUUAUGAACUGUAGUAUUGUCACUGUGGACAACCUUAAAAAUUCAAAAUUAGAACAAAUUAACAAGUGUUGAAAAACUUCUAUUUUGUUUAUAUAAAUUUUAGUUUUGAAAUAAUACUCCGUUAGUAUAUUCUUUGGAGAAAUAUUUUUUUAUUUGUUCUGAAUUAUUGAUAUCAAAUUAAUUGUAUGGUAAAUUGAAACAUUGCCAAUAGUUCAAAAAGAAUUGUACGUACGAAAUAAUCUCCCAAAAGUUUCCAAUGUAUUCUGAUGUACAUUCACAGUACACAUAAAUUCCAAAUUAGUAUUAACUUUUUUAAAUUUAUUAAAAAUUAUAAAUCUUUUGCAUUUUUCUUUGAAUCACUAAAAUGUUGCAAUUGUGGAUUGCAUAGCUACUGUGUUUAUGUGCAUUAUUACUUAAAUCCUCAUCCUUGGAUUUGUACAAUAUGCUGUAUGAAAUGAGUCGCUUGUUAUUCAUUAAUUACAUGUAACGUGAAUAGGUGGAUCAUGAACAAAUGGAAUAAUGAGUGAAUGAACACUAAUGUGAUUUUUGUAUAGUUCUAUCUUCGCUGGUAAUUAAUGCAUUUUGUUAUUUUGCUCAUUUCAUAAUAUUUGUCAUACUUGGUUUGUCUUCUUUAUCGUUUGUAUAUUUAAUUUUGUAUUAAUUGAACUGUUCCUUUUUGUGGAAGAUGCAACUGAAAUAAAAGAAAAUGUGAAAAUAUGC